AUGUCUUUGGUGCAGCACGUUUCUGUCAUCGAAGGUGUAGAUCGAGAACCUGAACAUCAGGAUGAUAGCACCAUUGCGACCGCGGUGACGGGUGAGCCUUUCGCUCCGAUCCAUCGCAAGAUCAGCUACGAUGUCCUCCAGCCUCCACCUGCUCCGGUCGAGGUAGCUGGAACCCCUGCCUAUAAGGUUUCGACCGCAAAGCGACUGGCCCAGGUUAUCGUUACUAUACUUGCGUGUUGGUUCGCGGCAGGCGUGGUCUUCGGAUUCGCUGCCUUGAAGCCGGUUCUGGUCGCAGAAGGUGUCUAUCGAGAUCUGUGUACCGAGGACGAAUUACGCGACGGGGUGGAAGUCUGCUCCGAACAGGAUCUAAGGUUGAACCUAUUCUUUACCAUCGGCUCCAUCACAGCCAAUGUGUCUGCCCUCCCGGUCGGCACUAUCCUUGAUCGCUAUGGAUCACGUAUCUGUGGCUUUGCCGGCUGCCUGCUACUUGCGCUUGGUAGCUCGCUGAUGGCAUACUCCUUCUCCCAGCCACAGUUCGAUGGCUACAUGGCGGGGAAUUUCUUCCUCGCACUGGGAGGUACAUUCAUUUUUGUGCCUUCUUUUCAGAUCGCAAACGCCUUUCCCAAGUAUGCAGGUACGAUCGUCGCUCUUGUUACUGGCGCCUUCGAUGCGUCUGCAGCGGUGUACCUAUUCUAUCGUCUGGUCUACGAGAUGACCGAUGGAUCAUUUGAUCCUGGGAAGUUCUUCCUGAGCUAUACCAUAGUGCCUGGUUUCAUUCUGGUCGCGUUGAUUACACUCAUGCCGUCCCAUGACUACCAGGGUACGCAUGAACUCGAAGUAAAAAUCGAAAGAGCAGAAGACGCUACGCGCGAUAUCCAUGACUCGGACGACGAUAUCGAGAGCGACACGGAGCUACGACGUGUCCGCAGUGAGCGCGCUGAGCGACGCCGAAAUAAGAUGCGCAAGAUUGCCAAGGUGCUGGGGGACAAGGGGGAGCGGAAAGAACGGGAGCAACGAGAAGAGGAUCGCCAUGCUGCAAGCGCCGUCUGGGGGGCGCUCCACGGCCAGCCUGCCCAUAAGCAGAUGACCACACCGUGGUUCAUCCUGAUUACCUUGAUGACAGUCUUGCAGAUGCUGCGGAUGAACUACUUCAUUGCCACCAUCCGUGCUCAAUACGCGUAUAUGCUCGACUCGGAUGAACUCGCUGUUCAGAUCAACAGCUUCUUCGAUGUUGCUUUGCCGGUUGGCGGGAUUAUUUCCACGCCCUUUGUGGGCCUCCUCCUUGACCACAUCAGUGUUCCUGCUGUACUUGCUAUCAUUGUGGUUCUGACGACGGUGAUUGGCAUUCUGAACUCAAUACCUGUUCUGUGGACAGGAUACGUGACCGUUACAUUGUUUGUUUUGCUGCGACCACUCUAUUAUUCGGCCAUGUCUGACUACGCGACGAAGGUAUUCGGAUUUGCCACCUUUGGCAGAGUCUAUGGCACCAUCAUCUGUGUGUCGGGAAUGGUGAACUUUGCCCAAUAUGGACUCGAUGCGUUGACUCAUGGUCCCUUUGAUGGAAAUCCCAUUCCAAUCAACAUCUUCUUUGCCAUCGCUGGCUUCGUGAUAGGAACCGCGCUGGUAUCGUUUGUGUACGUGGCCGGGCGGCGACUACGGGCACGGGAGCAAGAACUGGAGGAGGAUGAGGAACGACAGCGGUUGAUUCGGGAGGAGAGCGACGAAGAAGACUACGAAGAUUGA